AAUUAAUAGACAGAAUAAAAUAAAUAUCUAAACUACUCUAUUAAUUAUUAUGAGUCUUCGUUUAACUUGUUAGUUCCAUUUAUACAUUUUGACUUUAAAUACUUAAAUGGUGUUUUAAUACCGAUCAAAUUUAUUAGUUGUGAAUGGUAAUGUCUUUUCCAGCCCAAAACGCUAGAGGUAUUCAGAAUCGAAAAAUACUUGAAGACUUGGAACUGAAGAAACAGAUAUUAUUAAAAACUGGUGCUGUUCCAACGCCUCCCACGGUUUCUCAUCCUACAACUCCGGGAACAUCUGAUAGUCAUUUUCAACGUGCCCAAGCCUUACAAUCUGCAGGUUUCUUCAUCACCACAGAUUCAGCUUUUGGUAAUUCUAUAUUACCUGUCCUGCCUCGCAUUGAAAAAUAAUACUCAGCAACCAUGGCAAUUAUGAAGUUAAAGACGUUACAGCAUGCACUUGAAGAUAUUGAAACAUUUGAAAACCCGAAAAUCGAACUAGAACAAUACACUACAUCAUCCCAUAUUGCAGCUUGUAUUCUACAUACAGCCCAAUUUGUAUAUAACGACAUUAGUGGUAAAUGUGUAGCUGAUUUAGGAUGUGGUUCAGGAGUAUUGAGUAUCGGUGCCGCUUUGUUAGGUGCUCAAUAUUGUGCAGGUUUUGAUAUAGAUCCAUCUGCUAUUUCUCUGAGUGUAGAAAAUGCUGCUGAUCGUGAUGUUUUAAGUCAAUGUGAUUUUAUUUUAUGUGAUGUAAAAAAGAUUGAUAAAAACAUGCAACUUAAAGCAUUUGAUACUGUCAUAAUGAAUCCACCGUUUGGGACAAGAGAAAGGGGAGCUGAUCUAAUAUUCUUAAAAAUGGCUUUAAGUCUUGCUACUCGUGCUGUAUAUUCACUUCAUAAAACAAGCACGAGAAAACGUGUAUUGUCAAUGGCAAAGGAGUUGAAUGUCCAUGCUAAGGUUAUUGCAGAGUUGAGAUUUGAUCUACCAGCAUCUUAUAAAUUUCAUAAACAAAAUUCUGUUGACGUGCAAGUCGAUUUAAUACGUUUUGCAUUGCCAUCACUAGAUAAUAAUCUCUAAUCUAAUUUUGUACCAUUCGCGAUUACAUAAAAAAAAGAAAGAAUACAA